AUGAGCACCGCCGAGCAGCAGCAGCUUCCCUCCCGCGAGGAGCUCAAGGAGCGCGCCAUUGAGGGCCACCCCAUCACCACCGAAGAGGUCUCCAAGAUCGCCAAGACGGAGACAGAGCUGACGGACGGUCGUGGACCAAUCGCGGGCGGAGUUGCCGCGACGGCUCAGAGCUUGAAGGCCAAGCAGGAGCACUUUCUUGAGGUGGCCAGCGAGGUGUCUCACAAGCCUGUCGAGGAGAUCACCAAGGAGGAUGCCGCUGCUGUUGAGAGCGCCGAGGCACGUCUUCUUGGUCACCGCCCGCCGAAGGGAUCAACUGCCGCUACGAUCCAGUCGAUUGCGGACAAGAACGAGAAACUCAUGUCCGAGACUAACAAGGCUGAUGCCUAG